AACGGAACCCCUCUUCUUCUUCUUCUGCUCGCGUGGAAAAUGAAAUCCGCCGUGCCAAACGCGGCUUAGCGCUAUCGGAAGUUCUUUGCUUUCCUCUAAUCACGCAAGCGGAAUUAUUAGAUUGCCGGAAAAUCACCAUUAAUUUCCUUCUACUUUUCCGGAUAAUCUUCCGCUUCAUCCUUAAUUUCGUUUGAUUAGAUAGAUUUCCCCUUUAUCCCCUCUGUCCAAUUUCCCCAGUUCAGACUUCCCCAUUUAAUGCUUUCCCAUUUCAUUACCAUCAAUCCGAUAUAACCCCACUUUCUUUUCCUCCUUUUUUUCUUUCUCUCUAUCAUUAUUUCAUCCUUCUCUGUUUGGAUAGAUAGAAAAAAAAAAAAAAAUGAAACAAGGAUAGCAAUAACAAUAUUUCGUUCCAAUCAUUUUCUUUUCAACAGAAAAAAAAAUACCCGAUCUUUUCUUCCCUACUCUUCACCCGUUUAUCUCUGAAUUUUCAGUUUCUUUAGCUGUUUGUUGUUGUUGUUGUAUAAAAGAAUCCGAGAAAUCUCGGUUUCUUUGAUACCCAUCUCGCCAAACAUGGUUCGUCAGACUUUGACGAGAUCAGCUCCGGUGAACGGACGGACACAGCCGCUUCUAUUCGCGGAGGACAGUACCAAGUCAUCGAUAUCGUCGUCGAGGGCGAUGAAGGGGAGGAGGUUUGCAGAGGUGGUGGGUGCGGGGACGGCAGAGUGCGCGGCGGUUUGCUGCUGUUGUCCGUGCACGGUUAUGGAGCUACUGGUGCUGGGGUUCUACAGGGUACCCGCGUGGCUGUGCAGGAAGGCGUGGAAGAAGAGGAAACGUCAACGAAUUCUGAAGAUGAAGAAGAAGCAGGGGGUGAUGGGGGGAGGAAACAGGAAGGAUCUGGAGGAGACGGAGGAGACGGAGGCGGAUCAGGUGGCGGCGAAGAGCCAGAUUGGCGUUUCGGAGGCGGAGGCCGUGGAAUUGGAGAAGGAGAAUGAAACGUUGGAGACAUUUUACGGAACUGGGUUUUGGAGAAGUCCGUCGCAGAGAGACAUGUGAUGGCGUCACGUGAUGGUGCAGCGGGAGAAUCAGGAAUUAAUGUGGGGUCAGUCAGGUGGGUC